AUGGAUACUUUGGCAAUAACCAACUGUCUUGAGCUCUUCUCUGAGUUGGCCGAAGACAAAGAGAACUACAAGAAAUUUUAUGAGGUGUUCUCCAAGAUUAAGUUUGGAAUCCAUGAGAAUUCCACUAACCGUCACUGCCUCUCUGAGCUCCUUCACUACUACACCUCUCAGUCUAGAGAUGAUAUGACUUCCCUGUCUGAGUAUGUGUCUCGCAUUAAGGAGACACAGAAGUCCAUCUACUAUAUCACUGAUGAGAGUAAAGAGCAGGUGGCCAACUCUGCCUUCAUGGAGCGUGUGUGGAAGCGGGGCUUUGAGGUGGUGUACAUGACUGAGCCCAUUGAUGAGCAGUACAUGCAGCAGCUCAAGGAAUUCGAUGGCAAGAGCCUGGUCUCCAUUACCAAGGAGGGCCUAGAGCUACCAGAGGAUGAGGAAGAGAAAAAGAAAAUGGAGGAGAGCAAGGCAAAGUUUGAGAAUCUCUGCAAGCUCAUGAAGGAGAUCUUGGACAAGAAGGUUGAAAUAGUGACUAUCUCCAAUAGGCUUGUGUCUUCACCCUGCUGCAUUGUGACAAGCACCUAUGGCUGGACAGCCAACAUGGAACGGAUCGUGAAGGCUCAGGCACUGCGAGACAAUUCUACAAUGGGCUACAUGAUGGCCAAGAAACACCUAGAGAUCAACCCUGAUCACCCCAUUGUGGAGACUCUGCAGCAGAAGGCUGAGGCAGACAAAAACGACAAAGCUGUCAAAGACCUGGUAGUGCUGCUAUUUGAAACUGCUCUGCUCUCCUCUGGCUUCUCACUUGAGGAAUCCCAAACCCACUCCAACCUCAUUUACUGCAUGAUUAAACUAGGCCUGGGCAUUGAUGAAGAUGAGGUCACUGCAGAAGAGCCCAGUGCUGCUGUUCCUGAUGAGAUUCCCCCACUGGAGGGUGAUGAGGAUGCCUCUCACAUGGAAGAAGUGGAUUAAAGGCUCCUGGGAAGCCCCUGCCCUCUGUAUAGUAUCCCUGUGGCUCCCCCAACAGCCUUGACUGGCCCUGACCCACCUGGCUCUCUGCUCAUGUCUACAA